CGGACGCUGCGCUGCCGGAAGGGGCGGGUCGGGCCGGGGCGGCAGCAUGGCGGAGGCCGGGGCGGGCGGCGAGGCGCCGCGCUACCGGGGCGGCUUCAACGAAAGCACCUGGGAGCAGGAGCUGGAGGCCAUCCCCAUGUUCAUGAAGCGGUGCCCGGCGGAGAUCGACGCGGCGCGGCAGCCCGAGCUCGCCUGCCUGCAGUCGAUGCUCUUCGACGAGGAGCGGAGCCCCGCAGAGCUCGCCAGGUUGUACAAGAAUGAGGGCAACGAGUACUUCAGGGAGAAGGACUACAGGAAGGCCGUCGUCUCCUACACGGAAGGGCUGAGGAAGAAGUGCGAGGACCCGGAGCUGGCUGCCGUGCUGCACACCAACCGCGCGGCCGCACAGGCACACUUGGGUAACUACCGUUCUGCUCUCAACGAUGCAAUCCAGGCCAGAAAGCUGAAGCCCACCCAUCUCAAAGCAAUCGUAAGAGGAGCUCUCUGUCACUUGGAGCUAAAGAAUUUCUCUGAAGCAAUAGCAUGGUGUGAGGAGGGCUUGCGAAUAGACUCAAAAGAGAAAAAGCUCAUGGAAGUGAUAGCUAAAGCGGACAAGUUAAAGCGAGCUGAGCAGCGGGAUGCAAGGAAAGCAAAGGUGAUGGAGAGGAAAGAACAGUGUCAAAAGGAAAGCUUGCUUGCAGCAAUAAAGGAAAGAAAUAUCAAGGUGGUUCUUGAGCCUUCAAAUGAGGAGGAGGAAAUGUCAGAUGGUUUGGCUGAGAUGUCCUUGGAUGGAUUCCACUCUGACAAUGCCAUGGGGGCAAAGGUGCACUUAGAUGCUGAUGGCAACCUAAACUGGCCUGUCCUCUUUCUGUACCCAGAGCACGAGCAAACGGACUUCAUUGCAGCUUUUAACGAGAACACGAGAUUUAUUGAUCAUUUAAUGGUGAUGUUUGCUGAGUUACCACCUUGGGAUUUAGAGAGGAAAUAUCUUCCCGACAAUCUUGAGCUCUAUUUUGAAGAUGAAGAAAGAGCAGAAAUGUAUGAGGUGAACCCCGAACACACAUUGCUGCAAGUGUUGCAGCACCAGAGGUAUUUUGUAAAGGCUGGAACUCCAACAGUUUUGGCGUUUGCAAAGCAUUCUCCUUUCUCUAAGAAGUACUUCUCUAGCAAGAAGGUGCAUCGGCUAUAAUGAGCAAGAAUGAAACGAGGAAUCCUGUGUAAGAGACUGCUGUUUGUGUCCCACUUACAGACUGCGACUUUCUGCUUGUACGAGAAUACCUUGCACGUCUCAGGGGAGAAGGAAUCGUUGCACACAGGGAAACUUCCAGCAAGGCAGGAUGGUGGGAGAAUGGGGGACUUACAAGAGGGGAUUAUUCACACAGAAGAAAUCCAGCUAGCUUACAAAAGCACAUCUCUAUCAUAGACUGCUCUAGCUCUGAGGACCAAGGAGCAGCGUUUGGUCACCACUCGGCUCUGCUGCUGACCAGAGUGAUGCGGGGCGCUCUGUUCAGAGCAGUGUGUUUUACUGACCCUUUUGCUACCUUAUUGUCAUAUAUAAACUGGAAAUAAACAUGUCUAUUUUAAGUA